AUGGAGCAGCAGCAAGAGGGCGAGAAGGAGAGCGGGGUGGAGGUCGUUAAGCGGAAACAGCCUACCUCGUCCGAAAACCAAAACGAUUCUGUGGCAGGAGCUGAAGGUAGCCACAGCAAAAGACCCAAGCACGUAGAUGAUGAGCAAGACGAGAGUCGCAGGGGAGCACACGCAACGGGGGCCGUGGUGAGACGCUGUCCCUACCUCGACACGGUGAACCGUGCCCUGCUGGACUUCGAUUUCGAAAAAGUGUGUAGAAGGGGCCGAGGAUCGCACGCCUACUACCACAGCUUGCAAGCGGACCACCACGUGUUCAUUAAUCUCCUCAACGAAAAGGUUUACUGCCUGCCCGAUGGCUACGAGGUGCAGGAUCCCUCGCUGGACGACAUCAAGGUAAUCGCCCUGGCCCAACAUGCUGGCACCUUUGCCGCGUCCGAUCCGAUGGAUCUCGCAAUGGGCGACGACGCUAACAACUCGUUGGGUUUUUUCGUGCUGCAUCCUCGCUACACGCGCGAACUUGUGACGAAGCUGGACAGCAUCGCCCUCCCGUCCCAUGCGCUGGAUGGUUCGGUCUACUAUCCGGGUGUGGUGGGCCUCAACAACAUCAAGAACAACGACUACAUCAACGCCGUCGUUCAUUCCCUCGCUCAUGUUCGCCCUCUUCGUGAUUUUUUCCUCCUCGAGGAGAACUACCGCGAUGUACGCACCUCUCCACCCCCCCCCCCGGAGGCCUCCGUGAGACGGUUGUCGAGCCUCCCAGAGUGUCGCUGCAACGUUGUGGGUAAC